CUGAAGGACGGCGACUUGCAGAAGUUGGAGGUUUCUCCGAACCAGCCUCGGGCUUCGGCAUUGAAGGACUGGCUGCAGCGGGUUGCACUCCGAGUCGGAGGUUGGCACCGCUUGAUGGGGAGUUUCUUCCAGCGUGUUCAGGUGGUGGCGUACCAGGCGUAUGAGGAGUACUUGAAGCUCCAGCCGAUGGAUCGCCCCACGAUCCAGCCACGGCUGAUUUUGCAUGACGACGCCCGCUACUUGGAUAUCGAGUUCAAGCUGAGGGCGGUGCUCUUGGAAAGCGUGCCGGAGACCGGUCGCAGGGAGGCCUUGGCGACGCGAGCCACGAGCACGGUGGAGGUACUGUUCGCGACGCUGGUGUGGGCAGGACCUGGGACGCUGAAGGACAAGACCGACGUCCUGGAGGCCGUGGAGCGCCGGGGCAAGGGCCCCGUCGACGUCAAUCACGUGCACUCGUGCUUGCAGCGCUGGCAGUUCGACCUCGUUCGUCUCCAACGCCUGCAGAUGCAGCCACCCGACCCCAUCGUGCAGCUGGCGACGCUGCGGACGAUGGUGGGCCGCAUGAUUGAGCAGUCCCACGCACUUGAAUUUCGUUUGAACUCGUUCGAGACGCAGCACGGCCUGAGCGGCGCGUCUACGGCGACUCAGCGGCAGGUUGAUGGGUACUGGAGGUACCUGUCUGCAGAGAGCCGUGAGAUCUCGGACACGCCGCCCCGCAGCCUAAGCAGGCCGCUGCUGGUGAUCCAGGCGCAGGCCUCGGCAAGCCCCAAGGGCAAGGGCAAGGACAAGAGCGGCAAGAGCAAGGCAAAGGACGACAAGGGCAAGGGAGGCAAGCAGGGGGCUCAGGCUGCCGCCGCGGCGGCGGGCCCCGAGUUGUGCCGCCAUUUCGAGUCCAACAGAGGGUGCAGGAACGGAGGGCAAUGCCCUCGGAAGCACCGCAAGUUGGAGCCCAACGAGAUCAAGUGCUUCAACUGCGGCAGCAAGGAGCACCCGAAAGCGCAGUGCACAGCGCCUCGUCCACUUGCCGCCUCUGGGGGCCAGCAGCAGCAGCCUCCGAGGGCAGCUGCAGCCGCUGUCUUGGAACAGCGCUCUGAGCAGCCGCUGAGCGCCCAUUGCAUCGAGCAGGCGGUCGCGCGUGCCAUGCAGAGUUUCGCCGCGCAGGCCGACAGCGGCUACCGGGCCGACUGGGGCGGCCAGGCAGCGUCGCGCCGCGGGCGCGUCAGGGUCGGCAUGCUCCUGUGCGACUCGGGCGCCAGCCACGAGCUGCAGCACCUGUGGCCUUCCCAGGCCCCGCCGCCAGGCAGCGUUCCCAUCCAGCUCGGCCUGGCCGUGGGGCGGGUAGCUGGCGAGGUGUACAUGUCGGAGGACCAGGUCGUGUACGCCGUGUCGUCGACGCUGCUACAGGCUUUGUUCCCUAUCUCGGCGUACGUCCGCGAGCUGGAGUUGAAUAUGUCGUGGAGCCCUAGUCGGGCGGCAAUUUUCCUGCCUGGAAGCCGCACCAUCGAGCUCGUGGUGGACAGCGACGGCUCGGUGUUCAUCUCGAAGGCGCAGGCCGAGGUGCUCCGAGGCAUGCAACGCAUGCGACGCGGGCAGAUCGGCGCGGCCCAGUUCGUGGAGACGGUGCGGGCCGCGGUCGUGCAACAGAGCCUGGAGCAGCAUCGAGCAGCUGGGCACCCGCACUUCCGCCCCGACUGCGCGGAGUGCCGCUUCGCGUCAGGGCGGCGUCGCCCUCACUGGCGCCUGGAUGCCAGCACGCGGCCAGGUGGACAGAUGUCUGCAAACAUCUCUGGUCCGCAUCCGUAUGCGCGGUGGCCGUCGGCCCUGCAAGAGGACGGGCCGCGACGGGCCCGCUUCUUCCUGUUGUGCGCGUACUCGGUCUUCAGCGUGGCUGAGCAGGAGGCGGCGGCCAAGAAUGAGCGCUUCGCGCAGGAGCUCUCCAAGGGGGAGGAUGGCGCCGCAGACCCAGCAAGCACCCUGAGCGAGAGGUUCCCGGAGAGGUCUCCGGGUGGCUGCCGUGGGUUAGCUGGCGCGGCCGCGCAGAGAGCGGGCGCUGGGGCGAUGGCAUUCGAAGCGGCGCUAGGCGGCGUCGACGGCGAGAUCGUCGAUGAGCCCGCGGAGCUGCUGGUGGACCUGCCAGGCGACGCGGCGGAGGGCCGCCGCACGUGGUAUUACGCGCGUCCUCUGCAAUCGAAGGCGGCCGACGAGGUAGGCAAGGCUCUCGAGCUCGUCGUCGCGGAGGUGAGCCUGGAGUUUCAGACGCGGUGCGUCUUUCGACUUCAUGCUCAUUGUGCUCGCGAGCUUUCGGGUCCUCGAGUUCGCGAGCGAAUGGCAGGGCAUGGGGUCCUUGUCACGAACACGCCCGGGUGGGAACCCAACAACAACGGGCGUGCUGAGAGAGGCAUCGGAGCCAUCAAACAGCGUGCUCGGGCCAUGCUGAUCGCGCUGGAGCCGGCCGAUCGGGAGCAGCUGUGGCCCGCCGCGGUGCAGCACGCCGCGGCGCUGCAGAGGCGGGAGGCGCAAGGCCGCCCGACCUCGUGCCCAGCCUUCGGCAGCAUGGUGGCGGCGAAGAUUCAGCAGCCUGUGGUCUUCGCUUUCGCGCCACGCGCCGCCGACAGGGUGUUCUUGGGCAUCGCCGACUACGUGUCGCAGUCGGCGCUCGCGGGGUACAAGCAGGUCAAGCUGGGCAUUGCGAAGUGGGUGUUCGAGACAUCGCACAACUUCAUCCCGCACCCGCCGGUGCCACGCCAUGCGCUGACGGGGCCGUCCGGCGGCGCCGCGGCGGCCGCUUCUGGCGAGCCAGCUGGCCCGGCAGGAGCUCAGGAGGAGCCAGCGGCAGGGCCAGACAGCAGGGACAUUGAUGGACUUCGGAUCGAUAGCGCCGACGGGGCGAUCACGCGCCCUGCAUGCCACGGUGCCCACGAGGCGCACAGGCGCGAUGAAACUUGCAGGCGGGCGCCUGUCCAAGUCGCGCCAGCUCCCGCAGGCGACCAGAGGAGACGCCACCGUGGGAAGCAGCCCCCCAAAGAUGUCCCCAGAGAGGCCUCUGGGGGCAUCGGGCUCAGCGCCGCGGCGCUUCAGGAGUUCGCGGACUUCGAGCCGACCGAGCACGGCGCGAGAGACCAUCAGGAGGAGCUGCCGUCGACGCUGGCGGUGGCCGCCGCGACCUGCGCGGCCGACAGCGUCGCUGACGACAACGGCAUGGCCGACGCAUCUCUGCCAGAAUUCCGAGAGAUCCUCAAGGACUCUGGCAUGCAGCCAGUGACUGGCCAGGAGCUCCGACGCGCCGCGGGGGCCGAAAAGGACGAGUGGUUCCAGGCCAUGGCGGCCGAGCUGUCCAGCUACGAGUCGAACGCGGUUUUCGACGAGCUGCCCGCUGCGGACCGCAGCGGAGUGAGGGCCAGCGAGGUUCUGCCGAUGAAGGCGAAGCAGCCCGACGAGGUUGUCUACACUCAGAACGUCGAGAUUUCCAGCGUGCGCCUGGCCCUGGCUGGUCGCAUCGUUGUUCGUCCUCCCAAGCUCUUCGUCGAUUUUGGCCUCGUCGGGUCAGACGUGCUAUGGGUCGCGAACAAGGGCAUCUAUGGGCUGCGGAUUGCCCCCAGGGCUUGGGGUGCCAAGCGUGACAACGACAUGAGGGCAAUGCAGUUCUUGGUCGACGGCGCGCCCGCGAAGCUGGUCCGGAGCAGGUGCGACCCCAGCGUCUGGAUGGUGGUCGCCGUGGCGGAGCCGAAGCUGGAGUCGGACCGCUUGCUGCUCGGCCUCCUUCUCGUCUACGUCGACGACUUCCUCUGCUUGGGGCCCGACGGGGCUUUGGACGAGCUGGAGUCGCCGCUGAAGGCAACGUGGACGUGCUCGGUCCAGAGCCGGCUCGGCUGGGAGGCGCCAGGGAAGGUGACCUACCUGGGGUUGGAGAUCGAGGCGCGGGGUUCCGAGCUGAUCGUGCACCAGAGCCCCUACCUGAACGACAUGCUCGCCAAGUGGGGUCUGAGUGACGCCAAUGGCACGCACGCCAUUGCACUCGAGCCAGUUCCGCUUCCGCGCACGCCCGAGGAUGGCGACGCUGAUCCAGCAGCCGUCCGUGCGGCCCAGCGGAUGGCAGGAGGUUUGCUGUGGCUGGCUACGAGGUCGCGCCCUGACGUGUCUUUCGCAACCUCACGUCUCAGCAGCUUCGCCUGCAGCCAUCCCGACUGGGCGCUGCGGCUGGGGAAGCGCAUUCUGCGGUACUUGAUCGGCACUCGUGGCUUCGCCUUGGUGAUCGGGUGGGGCCCCGACGACACGAGUGCCGGCUUCGCCGAGAUGACCUGCCUCGGCUUGGACGUGUUCGCGGACGCCAGCUUCGAGGCGGAGACCGCUCAGACAGGAGUGGCGGUCUUCUGCGGCGGCGCUUUGAUCGACUGGCGGAGCCAGAAGCAGCCGCAGGUGGCCCGCAGCACAGCUGAGGCGGGGAUCACGGCCCUCAAGAUGGGCGUGACGAUGCUGGAGGGCGCGGAGGCGACCAUGGCCAGCAUCGCAGUCGGCACUCGUGGCUCUACCUGGGUCGGCAUGGGCACGCUGCUGCUCAAGAAGGUCGCCUCGGAGGACCAGCGGGCCGACGGCUUGACCAAAGUGUUCGCUGCCGCCGCGAUGGGCCGCAUCCGCGACCACUUCGGCUUGCAGAUGGCUACCGAGCUGCUGAGCCGCGCCGCGGCUGCUGCUGACGCUAGCCGCCUUCAGGCGUCUGCGUGGCAAGGCAGAGACUGA